UGGACCAGGACGUGAGUCCAGAAUGGGCUCUCUUUCUUCCGCCUAGAGUUACUUCUGGCCCUGUUACACUGUUGCUUUGGGAAACAUGGCUACUGCCGGAGAUUCGAGAGUAGAGCUUCAGAAGGAAUUAGUCUGUUCUAUUUGCCUCGAUUAUUUCGACGACCCUGUAAUUUUAAAAUGCGGCCACAAUUUUUGCCGCAUGUGCAUUUUGAUGCACUGGGAGGAAAAUGGAGGCGAUGAUGUGGGUUACCAGUGUCCGGAGUGCAGGAUGGUGUUCGCGAAAAUGAGUUUCACCAAGAAUUACCUGGUAAAGAAUUUAGUGGAUAAACUGAGCGACUUCGACUAUCUGAAGACGUGUAGGCCCUCUGCACCCGCAAAACCCGUGAAGAUGGACGGGAAAUGUGAGCGACACCACGAGGAGCUCAAACUGUACUGCCACACGGACAGGAAGCCCAUCUGCGUGGUGUGUCGGGAAUCCAGAGCCCACAGACACCAUGAUGUUGCUCCUGUACCCGAGGUUGUUGAAGACAUGAAGAGUGAGCUGAAGCUGAGACUCAUCAAACUGAACUGGCAGAAGUCCAUGUGUACGAGAGUAAAGAGCACAGACGAGCAGGCCAAAACUGAUGUCAAGCUCAAAAAACAAGCCUUGAAGGAGAAGAUCGAAGAUGAUGUUGGUGCCCUGGUUCAAUUUUUGUUGGAUGAGAAGGAUGAUCUGUUGGAAAGGUUGGAGGUCGAAGCGGAAGCCACUAUCGGGCUGAUCGACGCCAACCUGAAGCGGGUGGAGAGCGAGGCAGCCAAAGUGGACAAAGCCAUCACUGAAAUUCAAAACCAGCUAAGUGACAGCGCUAACUUCGAGAGUAUCAGUAAUUCAUACUUAAGCUCCUGUCACAUAAACCUCAGCGUCCAGGCCUUUACCUCUCCUCCAGAUUUCUCAGAGUUCACAGGCCCCUUUCAGCUCAUCAUGUGGAAGAAGAUGAUGCAUGUGUUACACACAAUGCCUCAAAAUCUGACUCUGGAUUUAGACACGGCUCACCCAUCAUUGGCCAUCAGCGACUUUGACACCAAAGUGGAGGAGGGCCGCAUGCGUUGCCAGGAGCCCGACAUGCCGCAGCGUUUCACCCGUUUCUUCGGGGUGCUCGCUACCGCCCAGUAUUCCAGCGGGCAGCACUACUGGGAGGUGGACGUACGGGACAAGGGGGUCUGGUAUCUGGGCGUCACCACAGAGUAUAGCAACCGCAAAGGUUUUGUAAACCUUUCGCCCUCUGCUGGCUACUGGAGCCUGUGUCUUCAAGACCGACUGUACGCCAAUGAGGAAGACUCACGCGUGCCCGUGGCGGACUAUUGGAACUCGCCUCGUGUCGGCAUCUUCUUAGAUUACGACCGGGGCCACGUUACUUUCUUCGACGCCGUCACUAUGAAACGCAUCUAUAACUUUGUCACGUACUUUGACGAGCCCGUCUCGCCCUUCUUCAGCCCAGGGAAAAACGACCCAGGCAGCCGACUACAAAUAUGUCAUUUCUACUGAAAAUGAAGCGAUGCGUACAUGCAGUUCGCAACAAAGAAAACAAAUAACGAUAAAUGCUCCUGUUUUUGUGUUUUGGUAAACAUUUCAGGGCAUUUUCCCUCCUGGAAGUAGGGAGGACAUUUGUUCUUAAGCUCUGCCGGGUUUUUGGAUUCAGUUGAUCUGAAUUUACUAGUUGCGUAGAGCUUUGAUACACCAUAAUCUGAAGGAGUGAAUUGAAUUUCUUUUGCUCUUGAAUUGUGAUGUAGCCCCACUGAAAUUCAGGUAGAGAGGCAUUGCAGGUUUUUACGCAAAUGUCGACUUUAGCUGCUCUGUGUCGUCUUAUGUCUUAGACCUCAGUGUUGUCUUUUGUACAAUAGUGUAGAGGUGAAAAUAAGGAUUGAAUCAGGUGAAAAAUGUUUGAAUGUUUAAUGUUUGAUGACAACAUUUCAAAUUGGAGAAAUUCGUCAAAUGAUUUGGAAAAAAAUAUAUUUUAACUGCUUAACUGCUGUGUAUUCCAUUAUAUGGCAUAUAUUCACUUUUUCCCCCAUGUUACAUUUCUUUUCAUUUUUUUACAUACUAUUUGGCACAGUUUUAUCUGUAAAGGAUGUAUUUGUUAGACAAAUUACCUUGUAAUGUAAUGUGUUACAUAAGGCUCCGUGUUCAACAUUUCGUAAUAGCUCAGCCUGCAAUAGGUGCUAUGCAACUUGAUAUGACAAAGUAGAUCAGAUGUGCUGUGAGGAGCAUCCUUCUGUUCAUUUAAUUAUGUAGAGAUUCAUUUUUAUAAAGCAGUACAUCCGGAAGCUGUGUGCCGUUCAUGUUACAUCAUUUUAAAGUAAUUUUCAAAUCCAUUAUAUUAAAUAUUUUAAUCUCUUUUGUUUUAGCUGUAGUCUAAUCUGUCUCAUGGGCUGAUGAUAAAGAGAGAUGCUGUUUGGACUGAAACAGGCACAAAGUGACAUUUCAGCACUUUUUGACUGAGCUCAGAUGGUUUGUUGUUCAUGUUGCUAUUUACAGAGCUAGUUUACAUGCUAGAAUCACUGCAGCCAUUUGUACAAAAUAUCGUUUGAGCUGAGAAAGGACCAAGAAAACACUGUACCAGAACCAGAUGUUUUGUACAUAUGCUGUGAACAUGAACACUUUGUGUUGCCCAGCUAAGAACUAAGUUUCAGUUAACAUUUAUAGUACUUUAUUAAUCACUGUCUAUUUUUUCAUAAGAAAUUAGUUCAAGUUGAACACAUUGACUGUAUUUUUUGGAUUCCUUUCGAUCGCUGAUGUAAGAACUGUUACACCACCUAACUGCUGGAUGUUAUCACGAGUACAUUUUACUUUUGUGUGACUUGUUAAAAACCACUGCGAUGUUAAAUGUUUUUCUCUGCAGUAAUAGUCAUUUAAAAAAAUAAAAUAUUACAAUG